UUAUUAUUAUUAUUAUUAUUAUUAUUAUUAUCUCUUGAGUUUGUCUGUCCUCUGCUGAAGGCAGGAGCCGGGUUCGUUUGACUUCUGAGCCUAUGGCUCGUUCUCCAACUCUGGAAAAGGUCUCUAGCUCUGAGAAGACCUUUCCUCUUCUUGCUGCCCCCUUUCUGCCGCCAGCUCCAGUCAUUGCCGUCACCAUCUACCCUCACCGGCCCCUCAUCUUCUCUGCCUCCCAAGACGGGACCAUCCGCACCUGGAACCUCAACACCAUUGACCAGGUAGACCAGGUCCACGUCUCGGAGCCUGUGGAGUCCUUGGACACCCACACCAAUUCACACGUCUUCUCCAUCUCGGGCUGCAGCCUCAACCUCUGGAAAAUCAAUCAGCUCUACUCACUCUACACGUUGCUGGGUUCCCCUGCCAGGCAGCUCAGCUGCGUUGACCUGAGGCUGCUGGGCGACUUCCCUGCCCGCGUCCUCUGCCUGUGCCAGAACUCCACCGUGCAGCUGCUGGAUGCCCAGAGUGGCGCGCCUGUGUCCGUCCUCUCCUUGGACCAGUAUUCCCCAGCCCGGGCAGUGGCCUACUGCUUGCCCCGGGAGACCCUUUUCGUGCUGCUGCAACAGGGCCACGUGCUGCGCGUCAACGCAGCCACCAGUCCCAUGAGGGUGAAGCAGUGCUUCAGCAGCAGCCUCUGGGAAUCCAGGCCCUGCUGCGUCCUCCUCUACAGCCACAUGGUGGAACCAGACAAGGCAUAUGCCACGUGGCUGGAAGUGACCCAGAACCAAGGCUACCGGAGGAAGUGGCAGAAAUCCACCAUCAACAUGCAGGACAGAAACAGAUUCCUUCCAAUUCUGGGGCACAAAAACGGCUCCCUCAGUGUCAUAGAUUGGUUCUUGGGCCGAGCCCAGUACACAGUGGAGGCGCAUAACCCUGAGCGUGUCACGGCGUUGGCUGAGUACACCACACAGAUGUGUGUCCUGUCAGCAGGUAUGGACCUCACGGUGAAGAUGUGGCGCCUCUUCCCCCACGUGGAGGAGUGCCUGCUCCCCCUCCUGUCCUUCUCCUGCGCCUCUCCUGCGUGGCACAUGUGCUUCCUCGGAGACACCCUGGCGGUGGCCUUCCAGGACCCCGAAACGGUCACUUACAGCAUUGUCCACUACAACCUGAUGGAGCAGACACGCUCUGAGCAUGGACCCGAGGAAGAUGCCCAGGAUGACAUCACAGGUCUCUGCUGCUGCCCAAACCUGAAGCUCUUUGCCUCAUCCAGCCGGGACGGGUCAGUGAAGAUCUGGGACCACAAGAACAGGCUGCUCCGGCACCUGAAGCUGAACACCAUCCCAGAGAGCCUGGCCUUCGCCAACCACAAGGGGGACUUGCUGGUGGGCCUGGAGCAGCACCUGUACCUCAUCCCCCACACCGAGUACCUGCCCAGCUACUACCAGAUGCAGCUGCUGUGGGCAAAGUUCCUGGAGCCCCUCAAGGACAUCUCGCUGCCCAUCAGCCCGUCCAGCUUUGAGGCCCUGGUGCAAGAGAACAGCCGUCGCUUGAGGCAAGAGCUGCCUGCGAAGAAGUCCGAGUCCAGCAUGUCCGGCGUCUUCCGGGUGCCCCUGAGGGAGUCCAGGGAGGUCAGGGAAGCCAAGCUCAAGCUGGAGGGCAUGGCCCAGCUGGCGGAGAGGAAUCGGGACCUGCAGCUGCUGCAGGAAGGGAAGAUCAGCCCAGCCAAGAAACGGCCUUUCACCAAACAGAUGCGGGAGGAGGCCUUUGAACACUACCUGGGCCUGUUCUACAAGGAGCAGCUCAGCCUGGAGAUUCCUGAAGAAGAUCCCUUUGACGCAGAUGAAGUGCUGGAAUCCCUGGGCCGGAUGGAUCCCCUCUCUGCCCUCCUAGAACCCUCCGUUUCCCACAUGUUCCUGGGGGGCUUCACUAAGCCCAGGACCCUCGAAUUGAGCAGCUCAGCCUUUGCGGAGAUUAGCCCCUCCAUCCGCUUCACCCCCUCCCUUGCGGUUCCUGGCAUGCUCCAGGUGAAGAGGAAGAAGGUAGAUGUUGGCGCUGCCCCCUCCUCUGCCGGGAUGCAGGAGACCCCCUCCCCGGGGAGAACUGAAGCUCCCCCAGCCCCCCUCACGCAGGAGGCCCCCGAGAGCAUCCGGCCCCUUUCUGCAAGAGCGGGCAGGCCAGGCUACCCCCUGAGAAGAGCCCCGGAGGAGGCGCCCAAGCCUGCGGAGCGCCCAGUUAAACCGUUCGAAACUCUGGUCUUGGUUACCCCAGAAAGCCCUUCGUCCCCCAGCCCCUCCACGCGCCUCAAGAGUGAAAAGAGCGUCCUCUUCAGGGGACUGGUGUCAUCGCAGCUGAGCCAGGAGAGCCAGAAGCACCUGCCCUCCACCUCCCGUUCGAUGAGCCCCCAACCGUCUGCCAUCGUCAAAGGCUUCUUUCCGCAGAGGGCCCCCAGCCCGCAGAGGUCAAGGACGCUUGCGGGGCUCACGAGCGAGAGUCUUCAGCUGCCCAGGAUAUCCUCCGGCUUCAUCCCCAAUUCUGUGGUGGCCCAGCAGCUUCACACCCUGGACCUUCUGGAGACAGAGAGGCUCGUGAAGGUGAUCGGCCCCCAGGUGGUGUCGGGGAGCUCCUCAAAGGCCAGUUUAAUGUGGACGUUUGAUGAGGAGGAACUGCCCAAGGAAGAACAGCUGCCAGCGGCCCUGGAGGGCAUCUCCAAGUCCUGGAUCAUGCCAGCGAAGGAAGACGCCCCCUCCACAAAACAGAGCACGCCUGGGAUUUUCCUGACUCAGCUGGAUGAGUCCCAGUAUCCAGAACUGCCGAGGACGGUGCCUGUAUUUGUUCUACCCUUUGUGGACCAAGAGUGGUUUCAGAAUCUUUUCCCAGAGGGUAUCCCCCCUGAGAUGACCUCGAAGGUCUUGCUGAGGAAGCUGCAGGAGACGCUGCUCACUGCCGACUACAGCACCAAGACGGAGGUGUUGGGAGCCAUCGUCUACUUGGAAGACCAGCUGGAGGACAGGGCGAAGAGGUGGAUCCAGUACACCCUGUUUGAAGUGCUGAAUCAGGAGGGCAACGCCCCCUCUUUGCAGGAAAAGAGCCAGAAGAAGUUCAUCCUGGCCACCCUGCGCGUCCUCCUGCACUUGGACAAAGAUAGCCUGGACUUGAUGGUGGAGCUGAUGACCUGCUACCUGAUGGCUGCUCCCUCCGCCCGGGCAGUUUUUAAGGAUAUGUUCAAGGAGUUGGGACUUCAGGACCCUCACAACUUUUUCUUCAAGGAGAUGAACUCCUGGAUGGUGGGUAUGGAGGACUCCAAAGAGGUUGUGCGGAAACUCAGCAGGGAAUGGUUGGAGGAGAAGAUCCGGAUUUUCAAGGAACACAGGGCUCGCCUGUUGGAAGAGGCUGCCUCUGGGAAGCUUUUCCUGGACACCGGCCACAAGACCACCACUCUUUUGACCCUGGAAAGAAAGAGGCCAGAGAAGAGCCGCAAGAAAGCCAGGAAGAUCGCUGGAAAGGGGGCCAAGGCUGUCCACAAGGACGAGAUGGACAGCGAGGAGGAGCGGCAGGGGAAGCCCAGCUUGGAAGACCACCAAAAGCCCGUUCGCCCCAUUGAUGCCAUCCAGCAUUUUGCGGAAAAGCAGCUGGAGAGAGAACGGAGGGAGCUGAAGGAGGCUGUCCUUUUGAGGGCAGAAUCCCCCCGGGACACGGUCUUGGCAUUGCCCCCUCUUCAAAAGUCCCGAGCGAUCCUGCGUCUAGGAGAAACCAACGCAAUGCUGAGAACGAGAGUUGCUGAGCGCUGCUGCUUCCCCAUCGUCUUCCCCCGCUAUCUGAUGAAGGGCUUCGUCCCCUUCCUGAAGCUUCCGCUCCCCAGGAUCACCUUGCAGCCGUUCCCAUCCCUCCCGAGGAGGCCGGCAGCGCCAAGGACGUUCGCUGCCAUGCAGCAGCUGGUGCACAAGUACUUCCUCCCAAAGUUUUCCUACGCCGACAGCUACCCCUGAAGGCAGGGCUGGCUGGCAGAGGCCCCGGGCGGAGCCGAGGGGCUUCCAGGGCAGGAAGCGGAGGGGGGGGCCCUUGCUGAAGAGCCAGCCGGCACCAGCCUGGCAGAUGGAAGCAAGCUGGUAGCGACAAUCAAGAGGCUCUCCGAAGGCGUUUUAUUUUAUUUAUUUAAACCGAUUACCUGAUUUACGACAUCUGAUAAGAUUUCCAGACUGGAGAGGGAAGAGCACCAAUAAAGAGGAAAAGAUGCCAA